ACAAUAGUUUAAACACUCUAUAUAUUUGUCGGAGUGAAUUUUUCGUGUACAUGCAUGCAUUCCAAAGGAAGAAGCAUUUUCUUAAACGUUUUGAACAUAAUUAUUUUAUAUGACGAUAAGCAACAUAUUCGUUAUGGAAAAUAUGAUUUCGUACCGGUGAUUCGUGUAUAAGGAUAAACCAUAAAAAAGUGUGCUCAAACAGCGAAAACGAAUCUGUGCUAAAUAUAUUAAUCCACUGAAAAAAUAUAAUUCUACACUACUUUUUUCUAUAGUUUUUUAUACUUAAUUGAUAAAAUGAAUAAUAAAAAAUGUUUCUAAAGGUCACCCAGUUUAGUUUUUAUCAAUAAUCUAAAUUCAUUCCCACUAAAAUUGAUGUUUUACUCUUACGCAUCAUGAUCGUCAAAUAAAGUAAUUAAAACUCGCGAUGUUAUCAGACAUUAUGCAUUAGAGAUAAUUGUUGUUAUGGGUGAUACAAUGAUGUAUGCUUGCUCGUCCUGGGUAAUCUAUUCAUUAAAAUGUACAAAGCAGGAGAGUUUUAGUCAAUACAUGUGCUGUAACACAACGUUUAAAUGUUUUCCAUUAAGUUGCGGUAAAUGUUAUUCGAUUACUGAGCACGGAGCAUAUCCCGUUACUUUUCAGAAAUAUAUAAUAAAUUAAGUUAUUUAUUCAGUGGAUCUUUUUUUCCUUCCAGUGUAAUAGUUAUGACUAUGCCAAUGAUUCAGAUUAAAUAUAUUCUGUUGUUAAUGUUUUGCUUAGAAUUAAAAUUUACUUCUGGAGAAACAAUUUCAAAUGUUCAAAAUGUGUUAGACGAUUUUUUCUCACCUUCUGUAUAUAAUAAGGAAAUUCGUGGCAUAAAGGAUCAAACAAAAACACUGGAAGUAAACCUGAGCUUUUCACUUAUGUAUAUAAAAGGGUUGGAUGAAAUCGAGGAAAAGAUCGACCUUUUCGGAGUACUCUUUCUCAACUGGAAUGAUGAGCGCUUAGUUUGGGACCCAGAGAUGUAUAAUGGAACAAAUAAGGUUUACAUGACAGCAGAAAAAGUAUGGCAUCCAGAAGUCACGCUUGAAAAUCCAACAACAUCACGCAAUUACUUCGGAGACCUUAGGAGACUUAAGUCAUUUCAUAAAAGCGAUGGUGAAGCUUCUUUAGUCAUAGGGGAUAUGUUCGAAUGUAGCUGUUCAAUAGAUCUCAAGUCAUUUCCAUGGGAUAAACAAAAAUGCACCAUAGCUUUUAUCGUCUGGGGAUAUGUUGCUUCAGACGUAAAAUUAGUGGGAGCUCAGAAUGAAAUAGACUUACAGGGAUAUCAAUCGAACGGAAUUUGGGCAUUGCUUUCGACUAAAGUAUAUUCUAAAUCUCAUAACAUAAAAUCUAUUUUGGUAUUCGAAAUGGUUCUUCAGCGACGGGCAAUGUUCUUUAUUGUGAAUAUACUGUUGCCAAUAUCAACUUUGAGUGUUCUUCAAUUAUUUGUUUUUAUAGUACCAAUUGAUUCCGGUGAACGAAUUUCAUUUUCGUUAACUGUUCUUCUAUCUAUAUCUGUAUACAUGACUUUGAUUAGUGACAAUUUGCCUCCAGGUGCCGAGUCAGUUGCAUCAAUGUGUUACUUGUUAGUGUUUAUAAUGAUCGAAAGUGCUUGCAUAUGUUUGUUUAAUAUCUGCAGCGUAGCAUUGUAUCAUAGACGCAUUGAAAAUCAUGAGAUAUGCGUGUUUUGGUGCAAAUUUGUUCAUGUCCUCGGUACAACAAAAAGGUGCCGCCGACCAGGAGAGAAUCGCAUUAAGUCUGAUGUACCAGACAAAGAGGCUGAUUGUGAUGACGAAGGUACUAUGAGACAAAAUACGCAAAUUUCAGAAAACAGUAGAGAAAUGCCAUUGUCUUGGAGGGACAUCAGUAAAACUUUUGACCGUGUUACUGCAAUAUUUAUGACUCUCAUUCUUUGUUUCUCCUAUUUGAUGUAUGCGUAUCAUGUAACAGCAGGUUUAUAUAGUGACUGAAAAUGAUAUAAAGUGAAAAAUAUUCUUAUCAUUCAAGCAAUGUUUCCCUCUUACAUUAGACUGAAAAGGAAACGCCCACUAAAAAGCUGAUAUUGUAGGGAUGAACGACCGACCCUUCAAGUGCUUGAAUUGAUUAAGUUACUUGAUUUUUCUUCAAAACAGAACAAUAAUCUUUAGCUUUUUAACAAAAACUAUUCAGGAAACAUUUUCUUAAAAAAUUUGCUUUUUACUCAAAUUGAUUUAAAUUAUAUCACAAAGAUAUUUUGUGUGCUCCAGGCAAGGGCAGGUUAUCUUGGACUCUUUCGGAAAUAUGUUUUGCAACAUGUGCUGAUUAUUUGCUAUGAAUUAUUUUCAAAUAGCUAUAAUGUUCUACAUUUUUUGACUCCCUCCGUUUUAUGUUCAAUGGAAAACAAGUUUAUAAUUGAUUGAUGUUUUUUAAACAAAUGUAUUUAUAUAAUGUA